UUGACAACCUCUGGUCCACCAUUUGACGCGGGGUCAGCAACUUCUUUCCGUGUUAAGGAUAUCGCAACUGCCAUAUUUUUUCUUAGCACUAUUGGACCUGAUUCACUUUUUCGUAUGAUACUCUGCAAAUCACCAUCAGAGCGUACAUUAGAAGAAUUGGAACUUGUAUACGAGGAACUUUUACACGUGAAAGCUUUAGCGCAUCUGAGUACGAUGGUAAAGCGCAAAUUAGCAGCAGUUGUCUUCUUUGAACAACACCAACACGCUGGACAUGUUUUAUUCCGACAAGGUGACCAGGGCAAUUGUUGGUAUAUCGUUUUGAAAGGAUCCGUUGAUGUUAUUAUACGCGGAAGAGGAAUGGUUUGUACACUUCGAGAAGGUGAUGAUUUCGGUAAAUUAGCUUUGGUGAAUGACGCACCUCGCGCUGCCACGGUCGUUCUUCGAGAAGACAAAUCACAAUUUUUACGCGUUGACAAAAAUGAUUUUAAUCGGUAA